AUGCCGAAAACCAAAUCCGACGAAAGGGUGGAGGAUGCCAUUAUUCGUCGCAAGGCUAUUUUGACAAACCUGUCGGAUGUUGAGAGGUUUACAAAGGAAUUCAACGUUGAUCGAGACACAGGGCGCCUUCAAGUUCGACAAGAUUUAGUUGAUCGGAUCUACGACCAGUUUCAAAAGGCGCAAACCGUCAUCGAGAAGUGGGAUGGGCCAGACCGGCUUGAAAUGCGUUUGGCUGAGAGAUCGACCAUCGAGGAAAGGUUUUGUGAGGUGAAAGCAUUCCUGUUGAACAAUAUCCCGGAAAGGUUGAGCAGUUCUACAUCAGCAGAGCCGACCGCACCAACCAGCACAGCUAUGUUUCACCUACGCCUGCCCAAAAUAGAUUUGCCGAGGUUCGAUGGUGAUUUUUCGCGAUGGUUGUCGUUCCGAGACACGUUCAAGUCCAUGGUGCACUCGAACCCAGAUGUUCCAGCGGUUGCAAAGCUGCAGUACCUGCUUCAGAGUUUGGAAGGCGAAGCCAAGAAACCUUUCGAGUCCGUGAACGUUGAGGCUGACAACUAUCUUAUAACUUGGGACGCGUUGAUGAAGCGGUAUGAUAACCAGCGGUACCUGAAACGACAGCUCUUCAGGGCAAUGUACGACAUCCAGCCUUUAAGGAAAGAGUCUUCAAAGGAUCUUCAUACGUUGACUGAUGAUUUUGACCGCCAUGUGAAGGCCAUGGCUAAACUGGGUGAGCCGGUAGGUUACUGGGAUACUCCGCUAGUGAACCUACUGUGCUACAAGCUGGAUCCUACGACACUUCGAGCCUGGGAGGAAAAAACAAGCGACCUGAGAGACAUCACUUACCAAGAGUUGAUCGAUUUCCUGUAUUCUCGAGCGAUGAUGCUGAAGACCAUCGUCUCAGAAGAACAGCGCAACCUGCAAACUAUUCCAGCGAGGAUGACGGGAUCCCAACCGAAGAAGGCGUUCCGAUUAGUGGCCAAUCCUGUUGCGUCUGAUCCAAAACCCGAUUUACCCGUGUGUGUAGUUUGUUCGGAACGACACCAUCUAUUUCGCUGUAGGAAAUUCGCAAGUUUCUCUCCCUACAACCGACGGCAAGUUGUCACAUCCCAUCGUUUGUGUUGGAAUUGUUUCAAUUCCGGCCAUUUAUCACGAUCCUGUUCCUCCAGACACACUUGUCGUUUCUGCAAUGGAAAGCAUCAUUCUCUCCUCCAUGAUGCGAUCAAGACCACCAACUUCAAUUCGGUUCCGAAACCAACUUCGCUUUUGUCGAAUCCACCACUCCCAGCUCCACAACGUAGCACCGCUCCUCCAGAUUCAGAUCCGCAACCAUCUACUUCGAGCCAACAAGUUUGUAUGACUGUUCAGGCAACGAACAGUACAGUUUUGUUAGAAACGGUGAUGCUUUUGGUGGUUGACAGUACGGGGAAGGAAAUUCCGGCGCGGGCGCUGCUUGAUUCCGCUAGCAUGUGCAGCUUCAUGACGAAGAAGUUGGCCAACACUCUCGAUCUCCGCCGUUCUACCGUUGACAUUGCUGUUUCAGGGAUUGGUGAAUCAUCCAAGCAGAUCAAGCGCCAUUUAACAGCGAAGAUUCGCUCAACCGUAACAAAGUACGCCACGAAGCUAGAUUUCCUUAUCCUCAAAAGGCCAACAGUUUGCCUACCGACAGUGAGAAUUGAUGUUGCUGCUUGGAAAAUUCCCGACGUUGACCUGGCUGAUCCACAUUUUUUCAUUCCUGCGGACAUUGACCUCAUCGUUGGCGGAGAAGUGUACCAUGAACUUCACGGCGGCAGCAAGAUUUCCCUCGGCAAUGAGAUGCCGACUUUAGUGGAGACUGUUUUUGGAUGGGCUGUAUCCGGAUCGGCUCCGAUAAAUUCCUCCGUAACACCCCGGUUAUGCCAUCUUACGACCAUCGAUCGAGACCUAGAACAAUCCAUCGAAAGGUUCUGGGAACUCGAAUCUCUGUUGCCGUCCCAAGCUCUGUCAGCUGAAGAAAUAAAGUGUGAAGAAGUGUUCAGUGCUACCACCACUCGCGAUUCGUCCGGUCGUUUCGUAGUUAGAUUGCCACUCACUAGUGACCCCCUGGUACGUGUUGGUGAAUCAAGAUCCAUCGCCGAGCGCCGCUUCCAAAGUCUAGAGAGGAGACUUAAGCGAGAUCCUGCCACUCGAGAAGCCUACGUUUGUUUCAUGGCCGACUACGAACGUUUGGGCCACAUGAUCAAGUUGACUGAUCCAGUAGACGACUCUGUCCCCCACUGCUAUCUACCACAUCAUCCAGUCUUCAAGGAGUCAAGCACAAGCACCAAGGUCCGUGUUGUUUUUGACGCUUCGUGCAAGACAUCAACCGGCUACUCCAUCAACGAUAUGCAGUUGGUGGGACCUACUAUCCAGGACGAUCUACUGUCGAUCAUUAUGCGCUUCCGAACCCACCCAAUCGCACUCGUAGCCGACAUUGAAAAGAUGUAUCACCAAAUACAACUGCACCUGGACGACUGUACGUACCAACGAAUUCUCUGGCGCCAAGGUCCCGAAGAGCCUCUCGCAACAUUUGAGCUGCAGACUGUUACGUACGGUUUCGCUUCAGCACCAUUUUUGGCCACCCGCGCUUUACAACGCCUCGCUGAGGAUGAAAUCAGUCGUUUUCCUGUUGCCGCCCCAGCUUUUAAGAACGACUUCUACGUUGACGAUUGUUUGACUGGUGCCGAAGAUGUCGAAUCCGCUGUUCAACUCCGCCGAGAAGCAUCCGCUCUAGCUGCUUCUGCCGGUUUACCACUCAAGAAAUGGGCAUCCAAUGUUCCUGAAGCGCUUCGUGGUAUUCCUCGAGAAGAUUUAGCCGUAUCCGAAAUCCACAGCCUGCAGGACGAUCAGGCUGUCUCUACGCUCGGACUUGUUUGGGAAACAAGGUCUGACGUACUACGAUUUCGAGUCCAAUUGCCCCUGCCAGCUCCAGUACUCACAAAGCGCAAGAUUAUGUCGUACAUCGCCCAGAUUUUCGAUCCACUUGGUUUGGUUGGACCGAUUAUAACCGUCGCCAAACUGUUCAUGCAGCGUUUGUGGGGACUUCGAACAGAGAACGGAGAAUCUUUCGAGUGGGAUCGCCCACUACCAGCGUCGUACCAGGCCGAUUGGAAGGAGUUCCAUAGCACGCUGGAUACCAUCGCCACGAUCCAAGUUCCUCGAUACGUGUCUUCCGCCAAUGCCACAUCCUUUCAGUUGCAUUUCUUUUCGGACGCGUCGGAGAAGGCCUACGGCAGCUGCUGCUACAUUCGGUCGGAAUGUGAUGGAGUCGUCCGUGUCGUAUUGCUGACAUCGAAGUCGAAGGUCGCCCCGCUGAAGAGCCACCAUAGCAUUGCCCGUUUGGAACUUUGUGGAGCCGUUCUGUCUGUCAGCCUAUCGGAGAAGCUCAACGUGAGCUCGUCAAUCAUCCGCUUUGGUGGACUGGUUCUCCAUGGCUCCAGUUACCGCCUUCGCAGUGGCCACGAACCGAGUUGUCAGCCUGCCAAACCAGUUCGACGAGUGAGAUGA